AUGUUUAAUCAGAUUGUAAAUUCUUUUCACAUCUAAAUGAAGCAUAGCUGCAAUUGUUUACUCGCUAAUGGAUAUUAAAGGCGAUUUUAUUGAGACAGUGUUUCGAUAAUCGGCGGAAUUUAGUUCGGAGUGAAGGAAGAGAGACGUAGAAAGUGGCUACGUUUGGAUCAAAACAUUUAUAUGUACUUUAUACUUGACAUCUUGCAGAGGAAUAUGAUUAAAGCUCCCCAAACACUGUCAUUCGGAAUCAGAUAACCAGGAUGUGCCAAGGAUAUAAGCGACAGUGAUUACAGCUCGCAAUGGAUCGUCAUUCGCAAUUCGAUGUGUUGCCUAGUUACCCAAGAUAUUCCAAGCGCGAUAUUGUGAGAAACCAUAGUAAGACAGAUGAUCCUAAUGACUCCACGUAUGCCAACAUCAGAAAACGACUCAAUUCCGCAGUGCUUUCUGUGCCUUACGAACGAAAAUUGGAUCAGUUUAAUGGUCUUGGAAAAAAGUCGCGCAUUGGUGAAGACAUUUCAUCAUCAAAGCGUCACAUCAAAAGUGGUGAAAGUGAUGGGAAAAAACCACGCUCUCGUGUGAAUUCGGAGACAAACUCGCAUCCACCUGAAAGUCACUCUCCAAUUAAGGUGGUCCGAACGCAUGACUUGGGUGGUUUGCAAAUGUCGGAUAAAUACGUGUCUACAUCAUCCACAAGCUCGAACAAACUUCCUCGUGUGAAAAGAGACCGUGCACCCUCCGAAACAAGCACCACCUCCACCGUAAGCCGUCCAUUCUCGUUUUCGAAAUAUGACUUGGAUGAAUCAUUUUGGAUGCAAAAUGUUCGUGAGAUAGAGGAAAUCAAGGAAAGGUAUGCUGAAGAUAGUGAAUUUGUCGCAUCUCUCCACGGAUUUCUGGAAGAGACAUCGAGGAAAGCGAAGAAGAAAGUGGCCGCCAUGAACUCCCCUCAGCAGCAACAUCAUAAACACCCAAAAAGCACAUCAUCUUCUAGAGACAGCUCUAUCAAUUCAAAAGAGACUGCAGAACGUUAUAAUGGUCACAUCGACCAUGUUACCUUCCAAGACUCAGAGUCACACCAGCAUCAUCGAAAUAAUGUCAUGCAUCCACAUCGGAACCACGGGCGUGUUAUUUUACCGUCCAUACACCGAGCAGACGACGACACGGUCAGUAUAGUGAGCACGCUAACACAGGGAUCUGUAAGUAGCAACGGCUCCACCAUCAAAAACUCUGUCAAUGCCAAACAUCACAAAAAAUCAAAGUUUCGUAAGGUCGAAUUUAAUCUGUAUCCAAAGAAUCAACGGCCAUUGUUUCUCCCGGCACUGAAACACGCUGUGGUACCCAGUGAGGAUCAUUCUAAAACCCCAAGAUCUAUACUGAAAAAACAUGAUAGUCUGGAAAGCAUUGACGUACUUUCUCAGCAUCAGAACGAAGAGCAUGGGGGCUUGAAAGAAGUAAAGCACAACGAACGCACAAGUGGAGCUUGGGAGAGCCAUAUUCCUCGGCUACUGUCGCCAAUUCCGGCGUCGGCGACAAGAAGAAACCCAGUGGUGUUCAAAAACGCAUCGAACUUUCAUUUUAAAUGUAGUCAAGAAUUCAAAGCAGUCAUGGGCGAUUUCGAAGACGAAUAACUACCGGUAUCAUUCACAAUUUUACAAAUAUUCUACAUCGUUUACAUAGUAUCUAAUAUAGUUUCAUGUUGGUGUAAACAGGGAAAAAUGUCAUUAAAUAUGAAUUACCACUCUAUGAAUUAUGUCGUACUUGGCCGUUUCAACAAUGUACUCUUAAAAAGCAACACUGUAAAUCUUGUUAGCAACUCUUCCACUAACAUCAUAACAGAAAAUCGAUGUGAUUGCAAUUUACGAUCAUAGACCAUUUUCUCAAACGCUAGAAUUUUUGGCAAAUUACAGUAGUUCACACCAGCAGAAACUCUCCUUAGAAUCGUUGUCUUGUAAUGCGAAAUUGUCUGUAAAAAUGUGUGUCCAGUCAUGACCAAUCGAUGUAGAAGUUUUAGAUUGUGGUAAAUAAAGUAUACAUUUUGAUGAGAUACUCUC